GACCUGGAUCUCAAUGAGCUGGGUGGAACGGUUUCCUGGACUCCGCCUUUAGUCUACACGCAGCAGUAUGUGGUGUACCUAGCAGAAGACUCUUCGGGCACAGCUCGCUCACAGGUGGAGUCUCCGGUUGCAGUCGGCCAGCCUCCCGGCCAGUGGUGUCGCACAAACGAGCUCUUGGUGCCUGCUGACACGCCCCGGCUGAACUUCACCCACUUUGCAGUCUACACGCAGACGGCCUUCCAGGAGCAGACAACCCCAGGCAGCUUAGCCUUCGACGAUGCGGUUGCGGUGGUUGGGACCUCAGAGCAUCUACGAAGCAUCUCAGUGCACCAGCCGACGGAGCCACAGAGAGGCAUACAUGGAUGCAUACCUCGCAGCAUGCAUGUCUUACAUAGCAACGGGUCGCUCGGAUCGUUCCAGAUGACAGCAUAUGACAGCGAAAUGUCGAAACACAUUUGGCCUCAAGUACAAUGA